UUCCAAUCCGUCUCUUCUACAAAUGCACUUUCCUGCUUGUCUCCAUUCCCUUGUCGGUUGACUGUGUUUACUUUCAGAGUCAAUGAAAGAGCCGGGGAGUUUCAUAACUCAAAAGACUUAAUGGGUGGGUUUGCCGUUGGGUGUUUUCCCAUUUAAUCCCACCAAAUCUUCCCCCCCACAGUGACAUCGAUCUCUUUAGAAUGUCGGAUCACUAAGCAUUAAUUGACAGGGUUUUCUUUUCUUCCUUUCCAUAUUUUUUUGUUCUUUUUCAGUUAGGCUCACCUGGAUAUAAUCAAACUUCGCUGUGCACAUACGAUCCAGCCUCUCACUGAAGAGCCCUCCACGCUCUCGAGACUUUUUGUUCAUUCCCUUAUCGCGGUGGAACAAACCGGACCACAGUUCCGUCCCGCCACGCGGAGCUCCCAGCUCGCCGACAUCCCACCACUCCAUACCCUUGACAACUGAAUGGGCCUCGUCUUCUCAGACUAGAGACGAUAAAUGAUGCUUACAGAAUGUGAGAGGAUUCUUGGUGAAAGCCUUCAGCGGCUUCCUUCUGAGCACAACUACCGCUACGGCCCACAAGCGGAGAAAGAUCUGCUCGAGCUUCUCUUCCGUUCGCUUACUGGUCACAACGAAGAACGCCUCCGACAACUAUUUCCGGAUGGGUUUCCAACCGGACCGUGGAAACUAGCAGAAGCCCAGGGCGCCAAGGAAGGUGCGGAAUAUACGGAAGCUGCGCGGGGAAAGCGCUGUGGUCAUAUCUUCAGAGCUGGGGAGGCGACGUACCGCUGCAUUACCUGCGCUGCGGAUGACACAUGCGUGCUCUGUAGCCGUUGUUUUGAUUCAUCCGACCAUACCGGGCACCAGUACCAGAUCUCGCUCUCGUCGGGGAACUGCGGGUGCUGUGACUGUGGUGAUGACGAGGCCUGGCGACUGCCGCUGUUCUGUGCGAUCCAUACCGAUAGCGGGGAUAAGAAGGGCAAGGAACGGGCGCAGGCUCAACUGCCACGGGACUGGGUGGAUAACAUCCGCCUGACCAUCGCUCGAGCGCUCGACUACUUCUCUGAUGUCAUCUCCUGCUCGCCGGAACAGCUGCGGUUGCCCAAGACGGAAGCAGGUAUCAGACAGGACGAGGAGGCCUCGCGGCUACGCCCAGGGUGGUAUGGUGAGGGUGACCAGCCUGAGGAAGAGCCGGAGUUUGCACUCGCGCUGUGGAAUGAUGAGAAGCACACUAUUCGCGAUGUCGCCAUUCAAGUGAGUCGGGCUUGUCGAGAGCGGGAUCGUUUUGGAAAUGAUAGGGCCCAGGAGACCAAUGACAUCGGACGAAGUGUAGUCAAGUAUUCGAAAGAUUUGCAGAGGUUAUUGGCCGUGUCCAAGAUCAUCGAACAGAUUAAGGUCACCGUUACGAUUCGGUCCGCUCGGGACACGUUUCGCGAGCAGAUGUGUGGAACGAUCGUCGAGUGGCUUGCGGACAUUUCCGGAUGCAGUGUCCUGGAAGAUAAUGAGAUUUUACGCCACACUAUCUGUGAGGAACUGUUGAGCCCGUGGCGCCGCGGCAGCGGAGCCUUCAAUGCAGAUAUUGGGAUGAAAGGCAUCGAUGACCAACAGAGGUCGGAUAAUGCACCUUAUCGCACGGUCAUGCUCACUGUGUCGCCUCAGGGCCGAGUUGUACUGGCGACGGAGGAUGAUGAUGACGACGAUGAGGAUAUCGACAAUGGCAAUGACCAAGGUGUGAAUGACGAAGGCGAAGACGAUGAAGAUUAUGUUGAAGCUCAUGAUGAUGAUGCUGACGAUGAAGAUGAUGAAAUGGAAAUGGAUUUCAACAGGCUGCGCCAGGAAGUUGAGGACGAAGACGAAGAUAUGGUGAUGGAAAAUGCGGAUAAUGCUCUGGAUACUAUCCAGACUCUCUUAGGAUUCGCUCGCCAGCGACAAAACCCUGACACGGAAGAGCAACCGCAGCAGGAGGAACAGGAAGCGCAAGCAGAAGGAAUCGAAAACGAAUCGCAACAUGCUCCUAACGAUUCGGUCUCCAGUCAGACGCACGAAGAAGGCUCGACAUCUUUCGUCUCCAUCCCCAAAACACCAUCUGGUGUGGUCAAGCCUUCCCCGGCAAAGACGCCGAGUUAUUGGCAUGUCAGAUCAGGACCUACGAGAGGCGACAACAUCCCCGCGUAUGAAGAUCUGUGGCAACGCACGCGUCUCGACUGGAUGAUUCUCUUCGACCUCAGACUUUGGAAGAAGACGCGUACUGAUCUUCGCGAUCUCUAUAUUGGCACCGUGGUUAAUGUUCCUCAGUUUAAGCGUAUUAUGGGCCUGCGAUUGUCUGCUCUUUACACCGCACUCGCACAACUUUACCUGAUAGCCGAUAGAGAGCCAGAUCACUCCAUUGUCAACCUAUCCUUACAGCUUCUUACUACACCUUCCAUAACGGAAGAAAUUGUCCUUCGGGGGAACUUUUUGACAAAGGUCAUGUCGAUCUUGUAUACUUUCCUGACUACAAGGCAGGUUGGGGAGCCGUACGAAGUAAACCCCAAUGCAACGUUGGCAUUCGAUGCUGGUUCCGUGACAAACAGGCGCCUAUACCACUUUUUCUUGGAUUUACGGUAUCUGCUGCAGUCUGAGUAUGUACAGGUCCGUGUACGGAAUGAGGAACAGUAUCUCUGCCAGUUCCUGGACCUGGUCAAACUCUCGCAGGGUAUCUGCCCCAACGUGCGUGCCGUAGGAGAGCAUGUGGAGUAUGAAACGGACGCUUGGAUCAGCGCAUCGAUCCUCAUGCGGGAGAUUAAUAGGCUCUGCCGUCAAUUCUGUGAGGCAUUUCGUAACCCUGAGACGGAUGGAGGCCAGAACUUGCUACGAGCACUUAAAGUGGCUACUGUAUCUGCAGUCGUCCACUCGACUGGAAUUGAGCGCAAACGUUUCGACCAAGCAGAAGUCAAGGAGUACGUUCGGUUCAAAUCUUUGCCAUUCUUUGACUUCGAGGGAGACCAUCCCGGCCAGGUUUCACGCCAUCGUGUCGUAGACUUUGUUGUUGAACGGGGCUCUAUUAGUUUCCAUCAUGCAUUGCACUACACUCUCUCCUGGCUACUCGAAUGUGGACGUAACAUGAGCAGUUCUUUGAUGCGUGAUGCUCUGCUUGAGGCAGCACAAAUUGCGAACGACAAUUUUGUUCAUGACAGCAGUCUUGGACCGGAAGAUUUGCUUCUUUCCAUGUUCGACUUUCCUCUCAGGGUCUGCGCCUGGCUAGCCCAGAUGAAAGCCGGCAUGUGGGUUCGCAACGGGCUCAGCCUCCGGCAUCAGAUGUCGCAAUACCGUGGCGUAUCCUCUCGCGAUUUUGCGUACUAUCGCGAUAUCUUCCUUCUUCAAACAGCCUUAGUCACCUGUAACCCAAGCAGGGUCCUUGCAUCCAUUGCAGAUAGGUUUGGAAUGGUGGACUGGAUGACGAGAAAUUACAUGCCUCGUGCUGGUUACGAGGAUAACCAAAUUAUUGACGUUGCCGAGGAGUUUGUCCAUCUGCUUGUUAUUUUGUUGACGGAUCGGAAUUCACUUGCAGCUAUUGACGAUGGCGAUGCCGCGAUGCGUGAAAAUAUUCGCCGCGACAUUGCACACGUUCUGUGCUUCAAGCCUCUUUCAUUUUCAGAUCUAUCGACUCGCCUCAGUGAUAAGCUACUAGAAUCCGAUAUGUUCCAGGACAUGUUGGAAGAGGUAGCAGGGUUCCGUCCCCCUGAAGGGCUGAACGACACCGGCACCUUUGAGCUUAAGUCCCAAUACCUCGAUCUAGUCGAUCCGUAUAGCGCUCACUAUACUAAAAACCAGCGAGAUGAAGCGGAGAAUAUAUAUAAGGAAUGGAUGGCGAAGAAGACAGGCAAGAAACCAUCCGAUGUUGUGUUUGAACCCAAGCUUAGGCCGAUUACCUCCGGGGCGUUCAUUGACCUUCCACGCUUCACACGGACCUUGCUCUUUGCUCAAAUCGUUCACCAAUGCCUUGAUUACGUGGUCUCCUCGAAGGAUCGCACACCGAAUAUCCCCCCCACCCGGGUCGAGACGUUCUUGCAAGUUGUUCUACAUUUGAUACUUGCUGCUGCCCUAGAAGACAGCACCGAUGAGGACCAGAUGUCGGAAGAUCCCCUGGAAUCAUUCGUAUCUCACGCUUUGACAAAGGCCAGAGCCACCCAGGUGGGUGACCUGACCAUUGUUGGCCUGCUGGAGAAGAUUUCCAUCAUGAAUGAGUUCUCGGCCUGUGGCCCUAAAAUCCGUCACAUUCUCAAAAAGCUUUGGCAAAGGCACCCCCGUGCAUAUGCCUCUGCCACAGCUUCGCUCAAAUUCCCAUUUGACCGGGUAGAUACAAGUUCUCCUGCCAUCGACACCGAUAAUGAGAAAGAGAUCAAGAAGAAGCAAGCUCUUGAAAGACAGGCAAGAGUGAUGGCGCAAUUUCAGCAGCAACAGCAAAACUUCUUGAACAGCCAAGGCGCGAUUGACUGGGGAGAGGAGGACUUCAGCGACAUUGAGUCUGAGUCUGAGGCUGCCCCUGAGACUAAGCUUUGGAAGUAUCCGAGUGGCACUUGUAUUCUCUGUCAGGAGGAAACUAGUGACUCUAGACUCUAUGGAACUUUCGCUUUGGUGCAAGAUAGUAGUAUUAUGAGGCAAACAGAUAUACGGGAUCCCGACUGGAUUCGGGAAGUGCUGAAGACGCCCUUAAGCUUGGAUAAGUCUGCCGAAGGUUUGCGGCCUUUCGGAGUCGCAGGUGAAAACCGAACUACUGUUAAGCGGCUUGAUUCUACGGGCGGGGAGGUCAUCAGCGAGAAGGUCGGGCUGAGUAAAGGCUUCAAUGCAAAGAAUGCCUUGCGUGGGCCUGUCACGACGGGCUGUGGGCACAUCAUGCACUAUUCGUGCUUUGAAGUUUAUUACACUGCUACCCAACGACGCCAGAGCCAACAAAUCGCGCGUAAUCACCCCGAGCGCCUGAACUUCAACGAAUUUGUAUGCCCUCUGUGCAAGGCCCUAGGAAAUGCAUUCUUACCUAUAACCUGGAAGGGUAAGGAGGAGUCCUAUCCUGGUGUGCUAAACACAGCUGUGUCUUUCAAUGAAUUCAUCAUGGGGGAAGUCAAAUCUGCUCUGUCCCAUCCAAGGAAUCAUGCGCUGCUCAUGGAACAGAACAAAAUACAGCAACAGCCGUAUCGGGACAUGUUCCUUGACUACCUUAACAAGAGCUUGGUCCCCCCUCUUGCUUCUAAAACCGAGCAAUUAAUGACGUCUCCGCUGCCAUCGACUACGCAUUAUGUCCCGCCGGCGAGGAUGCCGGUUCCUGGCAUCUUCCCAUCUCAGGAUGAUAUUCCCGCAGUCAGCCCUCUCCAGCAGGUGUCCAGUCCGGGAGACAGCCCAAUGUCUGAGCUGCUUCAGAUCUACAAGCGACUCAAGCAGACCCUCAGGUUGAACCACAUUUACUCAACUUUCAGUCAUCACCCAGACACUAUCAAGACAGAUGACCUCAUCCACACUGAUUCACUAUUCCAGAGCUUCGGCUUCAGCAUCGCCGCGGCUGAGAUCCAACAGCGUGGGGUCGAAUCGGAGCCAGGAUCAACUCUAUUAGACAAGAUCCCCCAAUUGACCUUGACCCAUCUCCGCGUUUUGGCCGAGACGGCUUUGACCUAUGCCGCAGUGGGGUGCUUGCAUGACAGCAGCGGACCUAACAAUCGUUCCGCCGAGGAAUCUCAGGAGAUGCAUCGUCAGAAGAUUUGUCAGCUAUUCGUUGGCCAUCCUUGCUUGAGCGGAACGGCGCUCCUUGACGAUGUCCGCGAAAUUGAGCCACUGCUCGGUAAAGACAUUUUCGUGUUCUUGGCUGAAUGCUCUUUAUCCUUAUUGCCUGUUCUCAAUAUUGACAUUCGCCACCUCAUCCAAAUGUGCUAUGUGGCCGAGAUUGUCAAAGUCGCCGUGACCUACAUUCUGUGGCCCCUUGGACUGAAGGAGGAACUGGCUCAGAAUGGUGAUGCACACUAUUUGCUGGACAUAGAGUUGUCUGACGAGCGAUACGAGUUUACCAGGCGGUUUUUCAACUGCGUCGUGUCGGAGCUAAAGUCGAACUCAGUCGGACGGGCGGAAGGAUCGUCAUUCCCCGCAGAGAGUGGCUACGUGAAGGACGGUGAGGACUCCGCGACGCCUGGCGUGGUCAUUGCAUUGAGACGUCUAGUCUCGAGUUACGCAUUGGCUUUCCUCCGCAAAACUGUCAUCCUACUUAACGUGCAGCAUGGCGUUGAGUUCCCGAACACUGGCUUCCACGACUUGGGUGUUUCGGAGCUGGACCGUCUUACUAAGGCUCUACAUCUUCCUUCAGUCGAUGAGAUCUUUGCAUCUAUCAACCCGGCUAGGAAGAGCGGCAGUCCUUUUGACGCUGUGAUAUCGGGCUGGAUCUUCCACUGGAACGCCUCGCGUUCAGGCAUCCGCAUUGGCGAUCACAAAUUAUGGCCUAGUCUCCCUCAUCCGGGCAUUUUCGAAUUGGUCGGCCUUCCUAAGUACUAUGAUAGCUUGAUUGAGGAGGCCAACCGGAGGCGUUGCCCGAAUUCGAAGAAGGAACUAAGCGACCCAAGUAUCUGCCUCUUCUGUGGAGAUAUCUUCUGCUCGCAAGCUGUGUGCUGUAUGGAAAAUAAGCUGGGCGGUUGCAAUCAGCACAUUCAAAAAUGUGGCAAGAAUAUCGGACUGUUUAUCAAUAUCCGCAAAUGCACAGUGCUGUAUCUGCACAACCAGCAUGGCUCCUGGCAUUACGCACCUUACCUGGAUCGCCAUGGAGAAGUGGACCCCGGCCUUCGCCGCAAUCGUCAAUUGAUCCUUAACCAAAAACGAUACGACCGACUUCUCCGUGACGUAUGGUUGUCGCACAGCAUCCCCGCGACGAUCAGCCGGAAACUCGAAGCUGACAUUAACAACGGAGGAUGGGAAACUAUCUAAGAGGUUCUAGGGAGCGAACUACCCAUUCUUGUACUUGUCUUGAUGUCUCAAGUGUAAUUGAGACUGGCUUUGCAUUUUAGUCCCAUGCCCUGAUGAAAAGUCGUUUGAUUGUUCUUUUUGCAUGAUUGAUUCUUAAUGAUCUCAUUUUUUGCGAUACAUACUUUUUAUUGAAUCAAACGUAUGAUUCUCCGAUAAUAUAGCUAUAGCUAUUUCAUCAUAUCCCUUUACAUUAUACAAACACAGAGUGACACAAUCAGAGCCA